AUGGUCAGAGUCAAACACAGGUACAUCCUCUUUGAAAUCCUAUAUCCACCAUCGGCAUCGCCAUCAAGUGCCGAUUUCCACGAAUUGGCCAAAUCGCAACAAUCAUGCCUUCUAGCGCUUCACAAGCCUACGCCAUCGGGGAUAACGCAACGCACAAUCCUCCACGCGAUACGCAAGUCACUAGAGAUACAUUAUGGCGACAUAGCAGCUGGCUCCGCGGGACAGUUGAUGUCGGUGCGAUAUUUCUCAAAUAAGACCCUGACUGGUAUAAUCCGAUGCGAUCGAGAUCAACUUAACUGGGUCGUGGGUGCAAUGACGCUAGUGACAAAAUUGCGCGAGAACUCAGAGAAUGGUGGGAGUGGGAGUGGUGAGGGGGAUCAUGUGAUUUUGAGAUGCGUGCAUGCUAGCGGCACGAUUAAGAAGUGUGAGGAGUUUAGCGUGCGAUAUUCUACGCGGUUGAUGAGCUUGUUGGGAUCGAGCCGGAGUCAUGAGAUGCAUCGGUUUGUUGAGGAGGUGGAGUUGUUGAAGGAGAGCGAUGACGAGGUUGCAGAGACGGAUGAUUCAGUUUAA